AUCACCACCGCCCACACUCCUAGCAUGGCCGGCCCGUCGCCGUCCUCGGCGCGGCCCCCCUCGACGCCGCCACCACCAUCCUCGUCCAUCCCGCAGACGCUGUGGGAUAUGCAGAUCCCGCUUAUCAUUACGCAUGCCGCCGCCCCUCACAAGAGCGCCCCAUUCGUAGCCUCCGUCUCGCGCUUCAGCUAUCUCGCCCUGCUCCUGCCCCGUCUCAGCGCCUACUUUGGCCCCGAGCUCGCCUGCUCCAGCUUCCACCACGAGGACGUCCUCCUGCGCAACCUCGCCGUCGGCUUGCUGGCCGACUUGUACCAGCCCAGCCUGCCGUGGCGCUUGACCGUCAGUGAUGGCGUGGGCUGGGAUAUUGGGGACACGUUUCUCAACAGUGCCAAGGAGGCAGACUUCAUCCGCAACGGCAACGCCCAGCGUAUCAUGUCCCUGUCCAAAGAGCACACGACAGCGCUGUGGAAUGCUGUACAAGAUAACGACUACCCAAGCUUCAGCGCCAUAAACACGCGCCUCCUCAACACAUCCCGCGGACUCAAGCACAUCCCACUGCGCGUCUACAUCCCGCAGUCUCCGGCCGACACAUCAUCAUCUCCCGGCGGCGGCGGCGUCGGUGGUGGUGGCGGCGGCGGUGCCUUUAGGGUUGUGCAGAGCCUCGUCCCAGUCCGAGCAUCAUCGUCAGAUCGGUCGGCCCAGACCCUAGGAACAGCCUUGCGCACCCUCCUGCCCCGGCUCUUCCCCAGCUCGCGCGACCCCGUCCUCGCCCAGGUCAUCCUGCACGGCUCGCCCGUCCCCUUCUCCGCCCCGGUCGACGACCUCAUGCGCGAGGCCGCCUAUCCGGACGGCUGGUUGGCGCUGGUGGUUGUCCCGCUUGACGUUUGAGUUUUUUGUUCCGCGUUGGGGUCCCUCUCUCCCUCCCUCUCUCUCUCUCUCUCUCUCUCUCUGCUUUGCAAAAAGCUCUCCGCUGAGGGGUGGGAUAUUUCCCAGUCUGCCUUUUACAUCAACGGGAGGCACCAGC